AUGGCCAUGAUGAAUUCCCAGGGCUGGAACAGUCCGGGCCACGGCCUGCAUCCCGCCCCCGAGGAUGACUUCCAGCAAUUCCUGGACAUGAACAGCAUUGGAAACCUCGGCGACGGACUGCAAUUCGAUUUCCAAGACUACCAGAAUGCCAACGGCCACCAGCCCAUCAUGGGCGGCGCCCCGCCGCCGCGGGAGACUAUCGAUACGCCCAUGACGGGCACGGAUGGCCAGGUGCUCCUAUCGCAAAUGGACCCCGCGAUGCAUGCCCAGAUGCCCAUGAGCACCGCGACCUCCCAUCCUUCCAUCACCUCCACCAUGCUGCCCCCCUCGCAUUCGCCCGGCGAUGCCAUCUCGGAGAUCGAUGCUCAGAUCCAGUAUCUGCAACAGCAGAAACUCCAGCAGCAGCAGCGCCAGCUCGAGGAGCAGCAGGCCGCCUACUACGUGCGCCAGAGCCGCAUGGUCCCUCCGACUCCUCAGAGUCUUGAGAUCCAAGCUGGAAACAAUCAAUUCUAUGUUCCUCCAGACCACACGCCUCAUCAGCAUGGUGGCAUGUAUGAGAGCUACCAGCGCCUCAAGGACCAGCAUGAUAUGGCUUUCACUCCUCUCGUCUCACCCGCUGUGACGCCUCUGGAGAGUCAUUUCCCCGUUGACACACAGUUCACGGUUCCUGGUGCUUAUUUCAGCCCUCUCACGUCUCCUGCGCUUCAUGCACAGAAUGAAUCAAUGGCAGUUUUUGACCAUAGGAUAUCGGCUGCAAACACCAGCUCCCCUGAUGAGAUGGACCUAGAGGCGGUGCCCCCUUCUCUGCCCGCACCGAGUCUAAGUGAUGUCUCCAAGAAGACCAGGAAAGGCAAUUCAACAAAAUCAAGGGGCAAGGGCAGUGUUCGACAGUCACCAAUCUCAAAACCGCAGAGGAAAAAAACAGGAUCUACCCCGUUACUCAAUGGCCAGGUGCUCAGCGGAUUAGCCGAGGGCGUAGAGCAGCCUCAGGACCAAUCUUCGAAGCCAAUACAACAUCCGGCUCAGCCAAAGGGUCAGACGCCUGUCUCGAUGGGAACGACCGAUUCUGAGAAUGGAUCUGUAUCACCCGAGAACCUCUCAGAGAUGCCGCCUCCACCCCUUCCCAAGCCGAGGUCUGCAAAGCCUUCUCCGUAUAUGCAGCCUCAGAACAGUGCUGCCCCGGCCGCUCCACACGUUUCCCUGCCCGGCAAGCCUUCGCCAGCGACACCUGCUUCCCUCAUGAAGCUCACAUCACCAAACGCAAAUAAAGCGCUAAGACCCAAGAUUUCGCCAAACAUAAAACCUCUGCUCCCUGGAGGCUCAAAUGCAGAAGACACGGCUUCCCGUCUGCUAGCAUCGAAGUCCAACUACCAAAACAUUCUUGAAGGCAACACCGUCCCGGGCGUCUCCUACCCGAGCGAGCUAUCGACCAAUCUCACCUCGAAACGGACGUCGCACAAGAUCGCCGAGCAGGGCCGGCGGAAUCGGAUAAACUCCGCCCUGCAAGAAAUCGCGACUCUACUCCCCAACCUCCCAGGCGUCGAGAGCAAAGGCAGCGAAGGCGACAGCGAUAAAAAGGACAAGUCAGGGAACGCCCCCAACAGCAAGGCGAGCACCGUGGAGAUGGCGAUCGAGUACAUCAAGCAAUUGAGACAGGAGGUCGCAGAGGCGAAUAAGAGGGCUGAGGAGGCGGAGAAGAAACUGGCAACAUCAGCAACAACAAAGGAAACGGCUUGA